AUGCGUUGCUCCGGUUUGCGAUCGGGGCUGAUCGUGGCCUGGCUGCUCGCGUUGCUGGGAGGCUCUGUGCGGGCGCAAGCAACCGUGGAUGCGGCUUGUCAGAAGGUGCUGGACAACUGGUGUAAUGGUCUGGAAGAUCAAACGUGUGUAAACGCCUUGUCAAGUGCAGGAGCCGAGUUGCCCCUAUAUGCGCGCUAUGAUGUUGCAGCGAAUGAUGACGAGAAGCAGUGGCGUUGCUACUCUCCAAGCAGCUUGACCCCAGAUCUUUCGGGCUAUUCCAACGGCACAUCUUACUGCACGCGAGAGCAAGAGAUCUUGGAUGUGAUUGCCGAUUGCGAUGUCAAUCGCACCCAGAUUGCUGUCUUUACGCCGGGCGAAUUGGGCUAUCCCUGCAUUCGUAUUCCCUCCAUUCUGCUUGCCGGUGACAACCGCACGCUUCUUGCCUUUGCUGAGUGUCGCAACUGGACCGGAGACGGGUGCGAGCCGCAAGGCUUUGAAGAUGCGCGAUAUAACUCGACCAGCAACGCCAACCGUGACCUCUGCAUGAAGACAUGGAGCGCCUUGCAUGUGAUUCAGCGCAAUGCCGCACAGCCCAUGCCCGUGUGGGACUACCAACAAAACCAACUGGUCCUCAACUUUGUUCAACUGACCCCCGGAGAUAACUUGCAGAGUAUGAGCAAAGACUUUGGACAAACUUGGACGCCGCGAGGUACAUGUCCAAGCCUCGAUGGCAGUCCUGGACAUGCUGUCGCCCCCAAUCGCCUCUUGUUCAUUGGCCACCACGGUGCCUAUCAAUAUGACAGCGUCUGGUACUCCGAUGAUGGAGGUCUGACUUAUAACGUGAGCAAGACCAACUUUACCUUCAUGGACGAAGCGCAGCUGGUCGAGUUGCCCGAUGGGCGCGUCAUGGCCAACAUGCGCAACAAUCACAUCAACGCCUGCAAGUGCCGUGCCUAUGCUUUGAGCGAGGAUGGUGGCGCAAGCUUUGGAGCCAUUCAAUUUGCCGACGCCCUUGUUUCGCCCGUCUGCAUGGCCAGCAUUCUUCGCGGCCUGGAUGGCAACGUAUACUUUGCCAAUCCAGGCCAGACCUCUGGUCGAUCUGGGGGCAUGCUUCGUCGGUCUGCCGAUGGCUUUGCCUGGAACCAAAGCGCGCUCGUCUGGCCCGGAUCUUACGCCUACUCGUGCCUUACGCACGUGCCCAAGUCAAACUGCAUCGGGUUGUUGUGGGAGACCUCGGCUCCCGACUGCACGGGGGACAGCUGUGUUUGUGUCUUUAGCCGUCUGUCCACGGCGGACGCCUCCUUUGGUGACGAUUGCUGA